AUUCAGGAAUUGUGAAAAACUCUGUUUUAUCUCUCUCUCCUGUACAUCUUUCCUUCAAGCUGUGGUUUAGACAGAACAGAGAGCUGCUUUAUAACAAGAACUGAUAGAGAGAGAAACAUAGUUUACCAUCACGAACCCUUUCUUCUUCUUCUUCAUAAUCAUCUUCGAAUUGGAAAAAAACAUAAAAGAAAGACAGGGAUCAAACAAAGGAACAAAAAGAUCUCAAGAAACCCACUUGUGUUGUUGGUUAGAGAUUUCACGUGUCUCAAAAAGUCUCUUUCACACACCCAUAAACUUCAUCAUCAUCGUCACCUACUACCCUUUCUCAACCUCAACGGCUCAAUUCCUCCACGUCAGACAAAGGAACAUAAACAUGGAUCGACCAGCAGUGAGUGGGCCAAUGGAUUUGCCGAUCAUGCACGACAGCGACAGGUACGAGCUCGUUAAAGAUAUUGGCUCCGGUAAUUUCGGAGUUGCAAGAUUGAUGAGAGACAAGCUAAGUAACGAGCUUGUUGCUGUCAAAUACAUCGAGAGAGGUGAGAAGAUAGAUGAAAAUGUAAAAAGGGAGAUAAUUAACCACAGGUCCUUAAGACAUCCCAAUAUCGUAAGAUUCAAAGAGGUCGUAUUAGCACCAACACAUUUGGCCAUUGUUAUGGAAUAUGCAGCUGGAGGAGAACUCUUUGAGCGUAUAUGCAGUGCAGGCCGUUUCAGUGAAGACGAGGCGAGGUUUUUCUUCCAGCAACUCAUUUCAGGAGUUAGUUACUGUCAUGCUAUGCAAGUGUGUCACAGAGAUUUGAAGCUGGAGAAUACGUUACUAGAUGGUAGCCCUGCACCUCGUCUAAAAAUAUGUGAUUUUGGAUAUUCCAAGUCCUCAGUGUUACAUUCACAGCCAAAAUCAACUGUUGGAACCCCUGCUUAUAUCGCUCCUGAGGUUUUGCUAAAGAAAGAAUAUGAUGGCAAGGUUGCAGAUGUUUGGUCAUGUGGAGUAACUCUCUAUGUAAUGCUUGUUGGAGCAUAUCCUUUUGAAGAUCCUGAAGAGCCUAAGAAUUUUAGGAAAACUAUCCAUAGAAUCCUGAAUGUUCAGUACGCUAUUCCUGAUUAUGUUCACAUAUCUCCUGAAUGUCGCCACUUGAUCUCCAGAAUAUUCGUUGCUGAUCCUGCUAAGAGGAUAUCAAUUCCUGAAAUAAGGAACCAUGAAUGGUUUCUGAAGAAUCUACCAGCAGAUAUCAUGAACGAUGACACAAUGAAUAGCCAGUUUGAUGAAUCGGAUCAACCGGGUCAAAGCAUUGAAGAGAUCAUGCAGAUCAUUGCAGAAGCAACUGUUCCUCCUGCUGGCACUCAGAGUCUAAACCAUUAUCGCACAGGAAGCAUGGAUAUAGAUGAGGAAAUGGAGGAAGAUCUAGAAAGCGACUUGGAUGAUCUUGACAUCGACAGUAGCGGAGAGAUUGUGUACGCAAUGUGAUGCGGUCUCGCUAUGGUUUCUGAUACAAACAUGAACAAGAAUAACAAUGUGUACUUGUCUGCUUUGUUGUAAGUGGCCCUAACUUUGUCACAAUGGUCACAGUUUGAAUCUUUGACAUGCAAAAGAGACCUUCCUGCAAAAAUAUUAGUGUUUCUAAACUAAA